AUGCAAGUCGACGUCCUGCCAUCGUAUCAGCAGGCCACCUCUCGAGGCGACUGGCUGCGGCUGGCGGCUCCAUACGUUGCCUUCACCGACUAUCCAGCUCUGUGCUGUGUGAACCGCCGCUUCUGGUCCGUCUUUGCGCCGCGGAUAUGGAGAGACCCGUGUGCAGCGUCUGGGUGGCUGGGAUGGAGAGGAGACAGUGAUGUCAUAUCCUGGUGGAUCGACUUUAUAGAUCUCAAGUUACACAAGCUCUCAGCUCAUACUCGCGCAUUAGUCCGCGUGCUAGAUGCACGAGCAGCAGCGGGAGACUUCAGCUUGUAUCUCGGCCUCACAGAAAAGGCCGUUAUUCGAGCCUUGGAGCUCUUGCCAAACCUGCAGAGCCUUCUCCUUGAUAACAACCCUAAUAUGGAAUUGCGCUUUCAGCGCAGCGGCGCCAUCAAUCGUCAGUUGGAACUGUCCAUGUUGAGCGUCAAGAAUUGUCCAAAUGGAGUACCUAGAGGACUCAUCAAGAAUUACUCCCUCCGAGGGCUAGUUUUCUUGGACGUGUCUGGCAUUGCCAGCGUGACUCCGCAGUUACUAGAGCCCGUAUACUUGCCUGAAUUACGUAUCCUCAAGCUUUGCCGCCAAGGCAUCAGUUCUACAGCAUUUGCUGGCUUUUCAGCUGUCCUCGGCCGCCGUUUAUGGAGUUUAGAUCUAAGUAAUAACAAGCUAACUGACGACGCUUUUCAACAUAGCUUAAACGCCAUGUUCCUAAACAAGGACCUGCGAUCAGACGCCCGUGCUCAGACAGAGGGCACUCUGAAGAAACUUCCUGUUAUUACAAGAGGCCAUGGUCAGUUCUUCAUGCUUCACGAGACAGCUCAAAGUAUUUUGUUUGUUCCCGACGAGAGGUAUCUGGCGGAUACUCCACCAUAUACCACUCCCAACGCUCCCAACAACGUGAUAACGCGGUCAGACGGCUCUGUCCCUGUGCGCUCAGACACAGCCGAUGGUGUCUUACGUCUCCUGUCUCGACAUGACGCCACUGACGCGGCACAUCACAUACAAAGCUCAGGCCUCACGCAUCUGCACCUAUCGGGCAAUCAUUUCUCUGCGUUUGCAAUAGAAAGGAUGCUGCGGGAGUCCCAUGGCCAACUGGAGCACUUUGACUGCGAUUCAAUGCGUUUCUUUCCGCCAAGUGCAGUGAGAGGACAUUUGUUGUGUCCAUCCAAUGCAAUCCAGGUGGACGGCUUCUCGGGCCUAUCACAUAUUUUUCGCCCAGUGUGGUCUUCCAAUCUCCAGUCCCUCAGGAUACAUCAUUCGCUCGUGACAAAUAUUCCUACCCUCCGAUGUAGUAGGUACUCUUCCGUUGAAAGCACGUACUUGGCGGAAACGCAAUUACAUGCCCGUCUCAACCUUGCUUACCCACUGGCUUUUGUUCCGGAUAUGAAUCCUCGGCUAGAGUCUUUGACAUUAACUUGCGUUCCGCGCCAUUCUUUCGGCUUGCUCGUUAAAAUAUUGAUAUCCUUUCUUCAACAGUUGGGCUUACAAGAGUCUUAUGUGACGGAAACAAACAAAGCAGAGGCGUCUCGACCGGGAAAAUCGCUGCGCUUGGUGCGCGGCCUUCGGAAUCUGACAUUAGAAAUGGAGCCAGAAUCUUUAAACAGAGACGACGCCGAACAUCUCAUGACCUUUGACGAGACCCAAUACAGUUUCUUUGACAGCCCAAUGGAGGAGACGCCAUUGUCACCAAGACCCGCUUUGGACCUUUGGACUUGCCCCGACAAGAGUCAACUCAACUCUCCGUUGACAACUGUACAGCCAUGGGAUGCAUAUAAUCCAAUGCCAAGGACCUCAGAUAGAGAUACCAUGAAAGACCAGUGGGUGCUCCAUCAGCCAGAAGACGGCAGAAGUGAUGCUAUUGUGGUGUGGGCUGGCAAUCCUGAAGCGCCAAAUGACGUUGUCAAAUUAUACAACUAUCUGGUUAUCAACUGUGGCUUGAAAGAGGAUGCAGGUCCCGUCAAUCUCGCUCAGCAGAAAGCCGGUGCCCCUUGCGAAUGCCUGAUCUUCCACACUGUUUGGCUCUAUGCUUCUUUGCCACAGCGGAUACAACCGCCUCAGGCCGCAACACUUCAAGAGGAGAUCAAGUCCAAGUCGAAGAAUGUAGCUGCUGCAUUGCGUCGGCUCCGGGUCCCGACACGUGAAGCCUUUGAGGCGGCACGAAAGAUUGACCCCGACACUACAAAUUGGUAUUGGGGAGGAACCUUGAGAAUCAUAGACUCGCAAUAGAUACCCGACUCUGUUGGAUGAUUUGUUGUUGCAAGUUUUAAUGACCAAUAGAAUAUCUGAAACGUA